AUGAAGACCUUGAGCAAUGAAACAGAAGAUGCUGCCGCCAUCAGCUGUGAUCAGAAAAUUGACAACGACGACGUAGUCAAGGAUGAAGAGAGCAAACUUGAGAAAGCGUAUCAGCUGAAAAAUGAAGCGAAUAUGAAGUACAAUGCAAAGGACUAUGCUGGAGCAAUAUAUUUAUACCAUCGCUGUUUGCUAUUUGCCCGGUCAGUGCAGCAGUUAUCCCAGUGGAAUUUGCAAGGUAUUGCACGAGAAGAACGUGCCAAGGAGAAGUUAAAGGAGGCAGAACUUAGCGAAGUAGUGGAUGCUUCAAGGGACCCAGAGACAAAGUGUGACCAGACUAAUGGAAAUACUAAAUUUCAGCGUAAACGGUUGGAUUCAACCAUACGAGGUGAUAGUAUUAAGCAGGAAGCUGCUGACCUUGUUAUGAAAUGCUAUAAUAAUCUUGCGGCCUGCAUUCUUAAUGGACCCGCUCGGAGAGAAGAAGAUUAUUUAAGAGCUGCGGAGUACUGUGACAAGGUUCUAAUGCAAGAUAGCAGCAACGAGAAGGCCCUUUUUCGCAAGGGAAGUGCUUUAGCAAAAGCAAAUCAGUAUGAGCAGGCAAUCGCUAUUUUGAAGAACGACCUUUUUACAGAUCGUGAUGCUAAAGAACUGAUUUUAAAGUGCCAACGGUUUCUGAAUGAGGAACGAAGGAGGAGAGAUGACGAGAUUAGAAGGAAUUUUGCUAGAAAUCGUGAACAUGUUUGUUUUUGCUUCUUUACAACGUUUGCGUAA